GCGGGCCGCAGUGCUGAGUGCUGAGCACUCGAGACAACAGUAAUCAAAGCAGCAGAAAGAUGGUGGAUGCGGCUGCGACGGCAGCAAUGACGUCUCCCUGUCCUUAGCCCUUGACGCAAUUUAUUUUUAACCAGGCGAGCGGUCAGCAGGUGUGCAAAAAAUAACGAAUUCGCACGCGCUUGCUCACGUCGCGGCUUCAGGCGAAGAUGGAGACGGCGAACGGGCCCACAGCAGCGGCCUCGCCGGUCGGUCCGCAGCAGAAGCCGGUGGCCCACGUCCGACCCAUGCUGGCCCCUGGAACGCGGAGUCCCACUGGAAGCCCCAGUCCGUCGCCGAAGCAGCAGUUGCCACUCUCUCCAGCCCUUCAGGUGCAACGACCUCUGCUCGUUCCUACCGUGAGGGCGAAGAAGUGCCGCUUUGUGCGCAACGGCGACAAGUUCUUCCGCGGUAUCCACCUGGCCAUCAACCUCGAGCGCUUCCGUAACUUUGACAGCCUCCUCGAGGAGGUCACACGACUGCUGCAGGGCACUAACUGCAUGCCCCUUCCUAGCGGCGUUCGCGCCCUCUUUGCUGCCAAGGACGGACACAGGGUAACUGCGGCUGUAGACUUGAAAGACGGAGAGACGUACGCCUGUGCCAGCGCUGGCGAGCAAUUUAAAAAGACAGAGUACGGGCAAGUAAUGCGCAAGCCGCGACAUCUUUCUCCUCACCUCUCCAAGGUGCCAGAGCACUCACCUUGUUCUUCCGACACGGGGGCCUCAGGAGUUCGACCUCGAUUAAUAGUAAUAGUACGAAGUGGAAACCGGCCACGCAGGGUUGUGCGAGUUCUAAUCAACAAACGAAAUUCACCGUCUUUUGAGGUGGCGCUGAACCACAUGACCGAGUAUGUCAAACUAGACACCGGUGCUGUUCGAAAGCUGUUCACCCUGGAGGGGAAGCAGGUGCAUAACAUGGAGGAGCUGAUGGCGUGUCAGAGCGGCGUCUUCAUUGCGUACGGCACCGAGCGGCACGGAAGAGAUGACUUUGAACUUGAUCUCGAAGAGUACAAGAGUCUGCAGUCGCUGACCAAGUCGACGGGCAGACGAGUCUUCCCGCCGGCGCUGAUGACCAUGUCGGUGAAACCGGUCAGAAAGUUCUGCGGCUCCGCAGAGCAGCUCAGUCGUAAGUGGAAAGGAACGGGAUCUCCGCUUCUCCGAACGUCCAUGAUGAAGAGACCGCCGCCGCCCAAGCCAAAGAUGCCUCGCAGGUCGAAAAAAUUGGCGAAGAAGCCGCCCGUGGUUUCGCCACCGCCAGAGGAGGAGCUGGACAGUCUUCCGGAGGCGGUGGCGCGCGAAUAUGAAGCCGGAAGAAUCAUCGGUGAUGGUAACUUUGCCAUUGUGAAGGAGUGCGUGCUGAGGAAGAGCGGAGAGUACUACGCACUUAAGAUCAUCGAUAAGGAUAAGUGCAAGGGCAAGGAGCACAUGAUUGCCAGUGAGGUGGCCAUCCUCAGGAGAGUCAGGCAUCCAAACAUCGUUCAUCUGUACGCGGAAUUCGACUUUCCCAGACAACUCUACUUAGUCAUGGAGCUUGUUAAGGGAGGAGACUUGUUUGAUGCAAUUGCCGCCGCCAGUAAGUUCAAUGAGCGCGACUCGGCCACUAUGACGAGGCACCUGUGCUCGGCCCUUAGCUACCUGCACCAGCGCCGAAUAGUCCAUCGAGACAUCAAGCCCGAGAACCUUCUGGUGGACGUCGACGAGCACGGCAGCCGCAUCCUAAAACUCGGCGAUUUUGGUCUCGCUCAGGAAAUCACAGAGCCACUUUACAUGGUCUGCGGCACUCCCACCUACGUUGCACCCGAAAUCCUCGCAGAAACUGGUUACGGCUUGAAGGUGGACAUUUGGGCCGCUGGCGUGAUCCUCUACAUCCUGCUCUGCGGCUUUCCGCCCUUCGUCAGUACCAGCAACGAUCAGGAGGAGCUGUUCGACCUCAUUUUGAGUGCUCAGUUCGAUUUUCCCUCGCCGUACUGGGACCCCAUCAGCGACCCUGCACGCGAACUGGUCGCCAGCAUGCUGCAACCGGACCAGUCGCUGCGCUUCUCCGCAGAAGACGUGCUCGACCACCCUUGGCUCUCGGAAUGCUACUCAUCGGACGAUGAAGCAAGUCUUCAGUUAUAUCAUCGUCUUGGUGUGCGUUUUGAACUAAGUCAGGAGACACGAUCUGACACGCAUCUCAGCUCAUGAAAACAUUCCAAACGACGGUUAUAAAGCAUAAUCAAGACGAAGUUGAAUCUUUUACGACAAGCAAUGAUUUUGAUUCAGGAAGCCCCUUGGCAAUUCCAGUAUUCCCAAAGACUUUGGUAACCUCUACCUGCUAAUCGUUUGAUCUGUAAUACAAAUAAUGUGUUAUUGCAAAAGCGCUAAAAAAGAAAAAAAUGGUUAUAAUUUUAACAAACAAUAAAAACAUUUAAUAGAUUCUAACAUAAUAA